UAAACAUAACAUGACUGCUUUAACAAAUUUCUAAUACCCUUAUGGUAACACAUUCCAAUCAAUUUGGGCCAUUACAUAACAGAGGCCCAUUUCUAUGCACGUGCAUGUAUCGAUUGGCAUCACUUCACUCUGCUCACCAAAGUCUGCAGCUUCUCUGUUACACAAUUACACAACACAAACUCAACUUUCUUCCUUACUCGCGAGUCACUGAACACUGCACUCAACCAAUCCAAAACACUCUCCAAACAAAACCCCACACCAUUCCCUUCUUCACAACGAAUCUCCAAUUCCCAUUUUUCUAUCCACUCCUUCCAAUUUCCUUCGUCAACCCAAGCCACUGCUUCCACCGUUUCAACGCAAAAUUCAAGCAUUCUUGAAGAGCCCUUCCGAUGCGCCUCACCGGACCCAUUGAUCCAUGAAUCGUAAAAUGGAGGCAGUGGCUGAAAACCCCGCAAGGUCGACGGGGUUAAAGUACGCAUCCAUAAACCCUAACAAACCUCAACCAUCCCCAAUUCCCAAACCCAACCAAUUUCCCUCCCACCUCGACGCGCCCAACGUCUCGUCUUCCGCUCGUGCCCUUUGUGACAUCCUCACACGCGCCUCCCCUCACGACAUCGAAACCGCCCUCUCCUCCUCGGGAAUCGAUCCCGAGGAGGACCUCGUCAAAGAGGUCCUCAAACUCUCUUACAACUACCCUUCCUCCGCCGUCAAGUUCUUCCGGUGGGCCGGGCGAGGCAAAAAGCACCCGGCUCAUACCUGGAACUUGAUGGUCGACCUGCUGGGUAAAAACCAGCUUUUCGAGCCCAUGUGGGAUGCCGUCAGGUCUAUGAAACAGGAAGAGAAACUUUCUCUCUCCACCUUCGCUUCCGUCUUCCAUAGCUACUCCGCUGCCGGUAGGUUUAACGAGGCCGUCAUGAGCUUCGACGUCAUGGACAGGUACGGCGUCAAGCAGGACGUGGUGGCCGUUAACUCGCUCCUCAGCGCCAUUUGCUGCGAGGACAACCAAACAUCCGUGGGCGUCGAGUUUCUCGAGAGCAUCAAGGCGAAGGUGUCGCCUGACGGCGACACCUUUGCCAUUCUUCUCGAAGGGUGGCAAAAGGAAGGCAAUGCUGCUAAAGCUAAGAUCACGUUUGGUGAUAUGGUGGCUCAAAUUGGCUGGAACAAGGACAAUGUUGCUGCCUACGACGCGUUUUUGAUGACCCUCUUUAGCGCUGACCUCAUGGAUGAUGUUGUCAGGUUCCUUCAGGCUAUGAAGGACCAUGGUUGCUUCCCAGGUUUGAAAUUCUUUACCAACGCGCUUGACGCUCUUGUCAAGCGAAACGACGCCCAUCACGCUAUCCCUAUGUGGGAUGUGAUGGUCAGUGGCGAGUUAGUGCCUAAUUUGAUCAUGUAUAAUGCCAUGAUUGGGUUGCUCUGCAACAAUGUUGCUAUUGAUCACGCCAUUCGCCUGCUCGAUGAGAUGGCUUUCCAUGGCGCUUUUCCGGACUCCCUUACCUACAACAUGAUCUUUGAGUGCUUGGUGAAGAACAAGAAGGCGCGUGAGACGGGGAGGUUCUUCGCCGAGAUGAUCAAGAAUGAGUGGCCCCCUACCGGCCCUAACUGCGCUGCCGCCAUUGCAAUGUUGUUUGAAUGUGAUGAUCCCGAAGCAGCGCAUGAAAUUUGGAGUUAUGUUGUUGAGAAUCAUGUCAAGCCGCUUGAUGAGAGUGCGAAUGCCAUGCUAGUUGGACUUUGUAACUUGAGUAGAUUCUCGGAGGUUAAGAGGUUGGCUGAGGAUGUGCUUUAUAGAAGGAUCAAGGUGUAUGAAUCUACAAUGACUUUCCUGAAGGAUGCCUUCUAUAAAGAAGGAGGGCAGUUUUCGUGGGCUUUCAUGAAAGUUGUGCAUGCUUGCUUAGAGCAAACCUGCAGAUUAAGUUUCCUUACGUGGACAUUUAUCAUCAGUGCUUUGAUGCAAGUGCCUCGUGCUUAUACUCUAUUAGAUUUUUGUGCAUAUGUUAUUGAUAGCAUUGCCUUGUUGGUGUAAGUGGGGAUUCAUGGUACUAGAAUUGUGGUCGCAAGAUCAAAGUUUUCAUGGUUUCUACAACUGUGUCGACAACCGGAAUCUAAAACACUCGGACCACAAAGACCCGAAGUGGAGAGAGUUGAAUGAUAAAAUUAUCUUAGGGGUGGUAUGGGCCAUUACGACGGUUUUCAUUUUUUAUUUUUUUCUUGGCUGUUUCAUGCAAUUAAAUUGUUUCAAAUAUGAUUUUUUAAAAGAAUUCUCUGAACAUUGUUAGUUGGUCAUGGGGUUUUCUACUUUUGAGGCCGCUUGAUUGACAAUUCCAAAGAGAUACACCUUGCUCAACUAUUCUUUUUACAGUAUGUGCAUCAUUGAAGGAUUUUCUGUAGUCAUGUGAUAGUUAACUAUUGGGUAUGUUUAUUUGGAUCAUAAUCUGCCCUCUUCCCCUCCUCCUCCUGGGCUCUCAUUCACAGAAUCUAGGUACUUCUGAAUCAAAAUUCAUGGAUUAUUCCCUCACUCGUCCUCUUUUGCUAUUUCUCAUUCCUUGUUCUAGCGAUGGCUUGAUCAUCAAAGAACCCAGGGAAAGCUCUGUUCUUCCUUUUAAUUAAUAUGUUCAUCCUUUUUAUUCUAGGUUUUGAGGAAUGAGAUUGUAUUCUAUGCCAAUGAGGUGACAAGAUUGUGGAUCUUCAUAGAGGGAUAUUGUGCAUAUUGCUGAGUGCUAACAUCCUAUAUUCAUUUUUUAGUCCACUUCCUCCGUAUUUUUACUUUGCUUGGUUCAUUCAUCUCCCAAAUAUGCCGUAAUGCUUAAAAAAGGCUGAUAUGUUUGAUGCAAAUUGUCCAUAGAUUUGGUAAAAUUGAGGGAGAUAUUUUAGAAUUUAAUGUGAUUGAAAUUUACUCCUUUAUUGAAAGAAGGUCCAUAUAGUUAAACCAAAUAAUUCUGGGAUCUCGGAAUUCAUAAACACUCUUGACUCAUCUAAUGUAGAGCGUGCUAGUAACCUGCUACAAAUUGAGAGUAUAUUGUGUUGAUAAUUUCUUUUAUGAUUACUGUCUGCAAUCUAUGGUUCAUCUUUUCCUCACAUUUAGCUCAUUUACUGUAUGCACAGAAGGGCAAAUAUGUUAUUGGUCUUAAUUGUUUUUUGGAUGGGAAAAGAUUUGUGAAAGGGAAGACUAUAAUUUCUAGGCCAGGGCUUGCCACAAGAUUUAGCAUGGGCUUCUGCUGCCUACUUAUAAAUAGCUGACCAAGAUGGAUGGUUAUCAAACAUAAGCUGUUCAGGAAAGUGUCCCCGGAUCCUUACCAACACCUGGUGGUGAGUGCUUCUGUUUAUUACUUUCACUUGUACUUACAGAUGUUCCUUGUCACAUGGUGACAUGUAAACUUUGUAUAAAUAUUAUAUAUAUGCUUUAAAAUUUAUUACAAAUGGUUGAAGCAUAGCUCAAACUUAAAUCAAUUGUUAUUCUGGUAUAUUUUUGUUUACAUUAGUAGAGAUAUCAAUUAUUAGCAAAACGAAGCACAGCUUAAGAUGAUAAUUGUAUUCGUUAUACCUAACAGAAGCACUUCUUUAAUACAGAGAACUGUGUAAAUAAUUUAUAUAUUUA